AUGGGAUCACGACGAUUUGUUACUCCCCCGAGACCGGAGCUAGGUCUGUGCCGGGAUGGCAGUCACCGCCCGUUUAAUUCAGAUGCAGUACCUCUGUCGGCAUACCAAAAUGAGAGCUUUUGCGCCUCCGACUCAACGUUUUCAUGGUCAUUCCAGCACCGUCCCAAAAGACACUCGAUCGCGGCUUCUGAUCCGGCAUCAACCGCAAUCGGUUCUGACGACACACGCAUUUUCACGUCCGGUGAUGAAGAUGAGAUGGAUUUCUUGACUGAUACGGCAUUUGGCUCAAUCCGAACGCACAUCACAAGUGGCAGCGAUUCGGGCUUUCGGGUCCCCCGGAUUGAAUCCAUGUUUUCCAAGAGUCCAGCAGAAGGUUGUGCCAACCCCGAGGUCAAUAAGUACGGUGAAACCAUUUCUCGUGGCUCGAUUGCUCCUCGGACCUUAGAUUCGUGUCUCUGCAGCCUGCAAACCAAUCUCUCUCCCCUUGCUGAUGCAAGGUCUGUAUCCCAGGAGAGGGCAAGUUUCGAUGGUGGUGAGGAUAGCAGAAUAUCCUUUCCAUCAGAUCUAUCGGAAGAGGAAGAUGCUUGCAGCAUGGUAGCCGCACUCCCUAGCGAUUCGAUCUCAUCAGUCACCCUUCCCCGCCGCCUCAAUCUAUCUCUGGAGACUCCGGGUCAUUCUUUUAGACACGAUAUUCAUGCUGGAAUGUUCGCAGAGUUGUCGCUCAAUUCAGACCAGACCUUUCUGCAGGACGAUUCACGUGUAGGAACCCAGGAAUAUCGGGAGUCGUAUCCGAAGAUGAACAUCUUUGACUGGUCAGAACAAUCGCGAAAUGAUCGCGAAGUAACGGGAUCUGACGAGCGGCCGCGUACCGUUCAUGGAAAACAUGGACCGGAGAUGCGCGGUAGCCGUCCUCCGGGACGAAGGGCGCCAAAUGCAUUGCAUCUGCGCAGCCAGAGCGUUCCUGUGGCGAGAGACCCGAUCAUCGCUAAUGAAUCGCGUCAAAGCUCAGGCAAGUUUGGAACCUGGGGUCUGGGCAGCAAGGGCGUCAGCGAAGAUUGGGAUAGUGACUUUGAGUUCGACGAUGCGGACGGAGGUAGUGAGGCUUUGAAACCGGACAGGGCUGAAUCUCAACAAGGAAUGGUGGUCCCUGCAGCCAUUCUAGAGCGUCAGGCCAGCCUCCACGGGCAAUUCGGGCAGGUCCAGGAACUUACCUUGCUGGUUGAAGAGCUCAAACGACUUCGCCACCGGGCAAGCUAUCUCAAUAUUGUCCAAGGACCUUCAAAUGAGUUGUGGAAAGAGGCCGAAGGCAUCGUCAACCUAGCCACACUUGACGAUGACGAGAACAACGACUCACCACCGCGAUCACCAUCGUCUCUUACCUUCAGUUUCGAUGAUUCAGAAGGCGAGUCUUCCAACGCAGCGGAUGCGGCGAAACGUGGUAGCGGGGAUUCCUGGCGAGCCUCGCUCCCAGAAAAGCUGCAUCCGAGCCUUACUAUUUCGUCGUGCUCGCAGGAUAAUGAUACGUCCACCAAGGCGAAAACAGUGCUGGAUCUGAUCUAUCAACAACGCGUCUCACACGACCCCACUUUCCGCAAUUCCCAUCUUUCUCGCUCAAAAAAACUGCCCUUCGACACUCAAUCUCUCCGCGACCUUGUUAUUCGAGCCGGUGCGGUGACCCGUUCACUGAAGGAGGUUAUUCGCACAGCGGAAGGAGUGAUGCCGACCCCAGAAGAUAAAUCAGUGUCUUCGAACCCUCCGUUCAGUCGGAUAUUCGAUCAACCUGCUGAUGACGACCACCUAAUCUACGAAGCGCGCUGUAUCAAUUAG